CAACCCCAACAAGAGGACAGGGAAGCCGUCAGGGGAUCUUACAACCCCAACAAGAGGACAGGGAAGCCGUCAGGGGAUCUUAGAACCCCAACAAGAGGACGGGGAAGCCGUCAGGGGAUCUUACAACCCCAACAAGAGGACUGGUAAGCCGUCAGGGGAUCUUACAACCACAACAAGAGGACAGGAAGCCGUCAAGGGAUCUUACAACCCCAAUAAGAGGAAGGAGAAAGACAAUGAAGGCUGGUGUGUGUUACGUGUCCUCUGGGGUGAAUUCCACACCGUCCUGCAUCACCUGGGGCCUGGAUGGCACUGUGGCUUAUGCUGCCAACACUGGAGUCCUACUCUAUGACCCAAAGAGUGGGGCAGUGACUGGGGCUAGUACAAAGGUACAUACCAACAGGAUUACUUGUGUAAGAUGGAUCCAGCCAUUAAAUUCCAUGGGUCAUUUUCUGAUCUCAACUGGUACAGAUACGAAAACUGUAGUCUGGAUUGUAUCGGAAGGAAAGACAGAAGGGCUACGUGUUUUGCAUCCUCAUGCAGUGCUAGAACAUGAAGAUGCUGUUGCCCUCGCUGAUGCCGCCAUUGUAUUAGAAGAUGGCCAGGAGAAAAUAUUUGUUGUGACUGUGACAGCAGACAUUAUAACUUGUUGGAUUGUUUGCCCUUUAUCAGGGAAGUUUAAACAGCUUAAUUCAUUUUCGUCUCCUGCAAGGACAUUCAUCAUGAGCCUUCGGCUGUUCAGAGUUGAAGGAGCAAUAUAUCCAGCAUUGGCCUGUGGUGGACAUGAUUGUAGAAUUCAUAUCCUAACAGCAAGUGAACUGGGUCAGUUUUAUCCAGCAGGCGUGUUAAAUGGUCAUGAAGACUGGGUCAUGACACUGGAUUUCAUGAAAGAAGAUAAUGGUGGCUUGCUGCUGGCCAGUGGCUCAAAGGAUUCCUCAGUUCGAGUGUGGCGUUUUUCAGUCAUCAAACAUAAUGAGCAGUUAGAAAAGGCUGUUAAUGCAGGGAAUAAGGAGUUGAGAUUGAGGCCUGUAAUUUUGAAAAUACCAUCAACUACAUCAGAUGUUAUAAUAUCUGUGCUGCUAGAUGCUAUUUUAGCAGGUCACGAAGGACUGGUUUCUGAAGUAUGCUGGGCUCAACCUGUUUUUAAAGAAAGCAAGAGGCACCAGCCCUACAGGCUACUUACCUGCUCCAAGACCCAAGACCGUUCCAUUAUUAUCUGGGAGCCAGAGAAAGGGUCCUUUAGUAGCGGUGGACUGUGGCUAGAGGUGGCUCGCCUUGGAGAAGUUGGAGGCAACAUGGAAGGCUUUUACAGCUGUCAGUUUAGUCCUGACAACAUGCAAGUUUUAGGCUGCAGCUACCAGGGUGCACUCCACCUGUGGAAGCAAAAGAACCAUGUGAGUCACAUGUGGCAACCAUGUCCGGUGAUUGGUGGACACUUUGAUGAAGUCGCUGACAUUACUUGGGAUCCCCUGGGCAGGUACCUGUUGUCAUCCAGUAAGGACCAAACGACUCGUCUUCAUGCACCAUGGAAGAAGACAGAAAAUGAGAUAGUUUGGCAUGAAGUGAGCCGCCCACAGGUUCAUGGCUACGAUAUGGCUAGUGUCUGCAACCUUGGCAAAUACAAAUUUGCAUCUGGAGCGGAGGAGAAGGUUAUACGUGGAUUCAGUGCUCCCACCAACUUUAUACGUAAUUUUGGCCAGAUCUGCGGUUUCGACGUUGAGGAAGAUUUAGAAAAGUGUGAAGUGGGAGAGGGAGCAUCAGUGCCAUCUCUUGGGCUCUCCAACAAAGCAGUUAAAAUUGCUGACCUUGAAGACCAGCAGAAUCAAGAGGAAGGACAAGAGGCAGGCCAGAUUUACUUUAAGCCUCUCUCUCUCUCUGCACCACCAACAGAAGACCAAUUAAUGCAAAACACAUUGUGGCCUGAAGCCACCAAGCUGUAUGGUCAUGGUAAUGAUAUUAUUGCCUUAGCUGCUUCAUCUGAUGGGACAAUUCUUGCAUCUUCCUGUAGAGCAGCUAAUAACAUGGAUGCCCAUAUUAUCCUUUGGCAUACAACAACUUGGCACAAAGUGGAUGUUUUAGCCAAACAUCGUCUGACUGUUACACAGAUGGCCUUCUCUCCAGAUGAUGAAUAUCUUCUGUCUGUAUCACGCGAUCGUACCUGGACAGUCUUUAAGAAAAAAUCAGCUGAAAAUAGCACAGGUUUUACUUAUGAGGUAUGCGAUUUUUCAAACAAAAAAGAUACCAUGCAUGCCCGUGUAAUAUGGUCAUGUGCCUGGCUGCCAGAUUCCCAUCACUUUGUCACUGCGUCACGCGACAAGACUGUUGCAGUGUGGGGUCACACUGAAACUGCCUGGGUUAAACAGGCUUUUCUAAGCGAGUCCAAUGAAGUGACAGCAGUAGCAGUCUCCAGAAAUAUUGACAAAGAAACAGAUGGUGUCCUUGUGGCAACUGGCCUAGUAAGUGGAGACAUUAAUAUAAGAGUGUACAGUCCUAGUGAGAUGGUGUUUGGUGAAGUGCUACAAAUAUUUCACAAACACCAGAGUAUGGUAAGACGUCUGCAGUUCAAGCCAUCAGUUGAACACAGUAACCAUUUUGUUCUUGCUUCUUGUGCAGAUGAUAAGAGAGUUCAUUUGUAUGAGAUUGAAACUUAAUGCUCUAAUUACACAUGUUAUCUGGGUAUAUUAUUUACCGUGCUUAUAGAGUAUACACAGAUAACCUUCAUCUAGGAGACAAACUUAUGAAGAUGUUCAUUCUGACUUUGGUCCAAGUGGACUUAAACAUCAUAAGUUUCAAUCUCAUAUGGUAUUACAAAACAUAUUGUGAAACUUGAUUUCCAAUUUGCGCUCUGCACUCACGAUCCUCUGACUCAGUUAUAUUAAAUGAAUAGUAAAUACUUGUUUCUUUCAAAGCAUACUUGUAAAAUUUGCUUGAUAUAUAUGCCUUUAGAAAGGAUGGGGCAGAAUUGGUUGAUCAAAAGGUACAGCCAGAGCUUUUAUUAGGCAUGUGUGACCAUGUUAAAUCAGAGUGGAAACUAAGGGUUUUGGGGAUUUGAAGUGAUGUUAGAGUAUUAGUGAAGUAACACUGAAGAAAGAAAUCAGAGGGGGAACUGGUUAGCCAGAUGUAAGAGUUUUGGAGGUGAGAACACAGUGCCUGUGCUCUGAUGAAUAGAUGGGAGAUUAUGCAGUUUAGAGGAUCUUUUAUAUUGUGAUGUCUAGCCUCUUUUGGAAAGAUAUCUGUUGAAUGAGUUAUAGUAAAUGUUUCCUUCUCUGGGUGACCCUGCCUUUGUAGGAAAUGACUGACAUGGCAAUGAACUAACUUCUAAAAGAAACAAGACGGUCAUAUUUGAUGGGUUACCUGGCUCUUCUGGCAGACUUCUGUGCACAUUCCACAAUUCUUCUACAGUCUUGUGUAAAGCUUUCCACUUAUUAUUUUUCCAAGGCUGAUUCAGCACUUGUGAAGACUGGUAUUGUAAUUGGGUAAUGCUAGUGACCAACAAGCUGUUUUAAUCGAACCACAGUUAGGCUUCUGGCCAUCCUCAUUCUAUUGCAGAAGAAUGCAGGUCACAAUACUGUGGCUGGAAUAAUUUAUAGAUAAUCCACAUUUAGGAGAGGAAAUUUGUGAUGACAUUUCGAUUCAUCCUGCACCACUGCCAAGUCACGGCUAAGUGAGAAAAGUAAAGAGGGCUAAAAGAGAAGUUGACAAGAGGGUGGGGGAAAGAAAGGAGUGGUGAUAGUAGCAGCUGUAUUAAUAGAACUAGCAGCAGCAGCAGUAAUAAUAGUAGCUUUGUUGAUAUUAGUAGUAAUAUUGGUAGCUGCAGUAGAAGUACUUGGGGUAGAAAUAGUAAGAGUGGGGGAAAGAAAAUGGAGUGGUGGUAGUAGCAUCUGUAUUAAUAGAACUAGUAGCAGCAGUAAUAAUAGUAGCCGUGUUGAUUUUUUAUUUUUUUGUUAACACAUCGGCCAAUUCUCACCAAGGCAGGGUGGCCCGAAAAAGAAAAACUUUCAUCAUCAUUCACUCCAUCACUGUCUUGCCAGAGGGGUGCUUUACACUAUAGUUAUAAAACUGCAACAUUAACACCCCUCCUUCAGAGUGUAGACAUUGUACUUCCCAUCUCCAGGACUCAAGUCCGGCCUGCUGGUUUCCCUGAAUCCCUUCAUAAAUGUUACUUUGCUCACACUCCAACAGCACGUCAAGUAUUAAAAACUAUUUGUCUCCAUUCACUCCUAUCAAAUAUGCUCAUGCACGCUUGCUGGAAGUCCAAGCAGUAGUAGCACUUGGGGUAGAAAUAGUAAGAGUGUAGUAAGAGAAUUAAUAAUUGUAGAACCAAAGAACAAAGGAGCGGUGCAGCAGGCCUACUGGCCUACACUGGGCAGGACUAGUGACAGAAUAAGGGUAAAUCAAGUCUCAAGACAUUCAAGAUCAAAGGAACUCAACACUAACACCUGUCCCCAAGUGGCAGAGGAGCACAGACUUGAUGGUCCAGGAUGGACCAAAAGUCGUAGGUUUCCUUUUCUAAACACUGGUUAUUUGCGAAUUAUUCCAUCACUCUUGGUUCUGCAAAACCAUAUUUCCCCAACUGCAUAAUGAUCACACCAGAUACUCACCUACCUGGUCAUCUCUUGGAGAGGCAGCCAGUGCUACUGUAAAAGUUAUCUGAUCUUCCUGACAGUAUGUUACUACUAUUAUAGAUUGUCCCAUUUAUCAGAGAGCUGGUCAACUUUUCUGAUCACUUAAAUGCCAAGGUAUUCUUGACAUACUUGUUUUACCCACCUCAUAUUUGUUUUACAAUUUCUUAACCAUUACAGUACCGAUUUACUGCACCAAUUAUGACUUCCUAUUUUCACAUAAACAUCCCUUGGCCAUGCAGUGCCAGUUGACUCAUAUAUUGUGAUAAUAAUGAUAAUAAUAGAAGAUCAUCCAGCAGUCACUGCCUAUUUCCUUCAGUUGGUAUUCUGAUAGCAUUUGCCAAAUUACAUUUUUAUUUUUAUGAUUUUGGCAGAAUAAGCUAGCUAAUAUGUGAUAAAAUAAAAGAUCUGAAUGUUAAAUAUACAUUACUAAUAAUGUAUCCUUGCAAUUUUGCUUGUUGGACAGUGAAACAAAAUAAAACAAAAUUAUAUUUUAUUUCUCAUAUAUAAAAUGCAGUCUUCGUUUAAAAAGCCUCAAAACAAAUAUUUAAAACUAAAAAUUUUUUUUAGUAGUGGAAAGUGAAUUCCUUAUUUAUCCUUAAUUAAAAGUAUUAAGAAUACUUAUCCAAGUAGUGCAGUAUUAGAUGUGGUCAUUUUUUUUUUUUUUUAAUUGUAACCAACGAUGAAAAAACUUUGAAUCUCAGUUCCCUGUGCAAACACAUGAUUGAUGAUGGGUUGAAUGGGGUUAUGGAAAUGAGGAAUAAUAUAGUAUUGCUAAUAUCACAAUAGUAAAAUGAUGCAUGAAAUUUGUAAAGGUUGGAACCAAAUAAUAGUAGCAAGUACAGUUCAGUACAGUGUAUGAAUUUCCUUCGCAUUGCUCCAAGAUUUUUCCUGAGCCAAUGUUAUCUAAUAUUUAUUUAUCUUAAUACUUACACUUUUGGUUACAUUAUUUUUUCUGUGAAGCUCAGCAGCUUCUUGAGAGUAUAGUAAAGAAUGAAGUGUUAUGUAGUAAUGUACUUAUAAUGUAAAAUGCAGUUGAUACAUUGUUUGAUUUAAAUUGAUCUAGCUUAAUAUACGUAUAUCCAGUAUUCAUGUAUGUAUAUUUAUGUAUAUGUGUGUAAAGGUAGAAAGUUGAAAGUGAACAUAGAAAAGAGUAAGGUGAUGAGGGUAUCAAAUGAUUUAGAUAAAGAAAAAUUGGAUAUCAAAUUGGGGAGGAGGAAUAUGGAAGAAGUGAAUGUUUUCAGAUACUUGGGAGUUGACGUGUCGGCAGAUGGAUUUAUGAAGGAUGAGGUUAAUCAUAGAAUUGAUGAGGGAAAAAAGGUGAGUGGUGCAUUGAGGUAUAUGUGGAGUCAAAAAACGUUAUCUAUGGAAGCAAAGAAGGGAAUGUAUGAAAGUACUGUAGAGUAGUACCAACACUCUUAUAUGGGUGUGAAGCUUGGGUGGUAAAUGCAGCAGCAAGGAGACGGUUGGAGGCAGUGGAGAUGUCCUGUCUAAGGGCAAUGUGUGGUGUAAAUAUUAUGCAGAAAAUUCGGAGUGUGGAAAUUAGGAAAAGGUGUGGAGUUAAUAAAAGUAUUAGUCAGAGGGCAGAAGAGGGGUUGUUGAGGCGGUUUGGUCAUUUAGAGAGAAUGGAUCAAAGUAGAAUGACAUGGAAAGCAUAUAAAUCUAUAGGGGAAGGAAGGCAAGGUAGGGGUCGUCCUCGAAAGGGUUGGAGAGAGGGGGUAAAGGAGGUUUUGUGGGCAAGGGGCUUGGACUUCCAGCAAGCGUGCGUGAGCAUGUUAGAUAGGAGUGAAUGGAGACAAUUGGUACUUGGGACCUGACGAUUUGUUGGAGUGUGAGCAGGGUAAUAUUUAGUGAAGGGAUUCAGGGAAACCGGUUAUUUUCAUAUAGUCGGACU